CUCUCCUUUCCGGUUUCUGAAAAGGUUAUGUUUGAUGAUGCUGUGUGAGACGUGUUUUUCCGGCAAUUGAUUGUUUACAAUAGAUUAUUUAGUUAUUAAUUCUAAUAAUUAUUAUUAAAAGUGCUAUAAUAUGGCAGACUCUGGGUAUCAUGCUUUUUCGCCUGAUGGCAAAUAUUGGGCUCAUUGUGGUAGAGUUGGAAAAUUACAUAUUUGGGAAACAUCAACAAGUAAAUUAAAGCAAGAAUUUAUCCCAAAUUUACAUUUAUCAUCACCAUGCAGUGUUUUGGAAUGGAUAUCAGUUGUUCAGCAAGCAUCUACGACCACUCCAUCACCAUGGAAAAAACGCAGAAGAAAGUCAAUUGUAGAAGAUUCAGAGCAGAAGCAAAUUGUAGCUAUGGGUUCCAUAAAUGGAAAGAUAACUUUAUAUGAUGUAGCAUCAGCAUCAGUUAAUAAAGUAUUAGAAAGUAAUCAAUCAGCGGCUAUCACAGCGAUGACUUGGUCUGCAUCAAGUGGAUUAUUCUCUGCUGGAGCAGAUAAUCAAAUUAUUGAAUGGAAUAUACAGGAAAAUGGCAUUAAAUGCAAAUGGAAAUCAGGAACAAAUAAAAUUACAGCUUUGGCAGUUUUACCUGAUGGUAAUUCAAUCAUUUCUGCGGAAAGGUUAAUAACAUGGUGGGAUUUAGAAACAAAAAAUGUAAUUGCUACAUAUACGGGACAUGCCAAUCCAAUAGUUUUAUUUAGAACGGUCAGACUUGACAAUAAUACAAGUUAUCUCAUUAGUGGAGCUAAUGGUGAUAAUUAUUUGAAUGUUUGGUCAUUGUCGAAGAAUGCAACCAACAAAACAGCAGUCGCCACAUUAACUCUCCAAGAUGAUCCUGUAUCAUUAUCUGUAAAAAUGAAGGAAAAUUCUCAACUUUCGAUUUUAACGACAAACAGAUUAGGUCAAUGCCACUUUUUUUCAUACCAACUUAAUGGAAUUAGUUUGAAACCAUUAAAACCAACACUCACAGUUGUAAUUGCUUCGGAUUCUAAAGAAAAAGAUACUAUACCACAAAUUCCAAUUCAAUCAGCGCACCUUACUGAAGAUGAUAAAUUUUUAAUAGCAUAUGGAUCACGAUUAUCAUUAACAUUUGAAAAAAUAACACCUGAUUUUUCGGAUAAAUUCCUAGGUUUGGUACGAUCAGAAAUAAAAUGGACAAAAGAAAAGAAAGAAGAGGCUGUAGCGAAAGUUAAAUCUAUAGAGACUGAAGGAAAUGUUGAAUAUCUUGCUACAGGUUCAACAAGUAUUUCAACAAAACGCCCGAAAGGCGGAGGAUCCCAAUUACCCCUGCAAAAUAGAUUAGAAAAUUUAAGUUUGAAUGUUGAAACAAAUUUACCGGGUCAAACACCUUUGAAAGGUGCUAAUAUGGCUCAAUUAUUGUUCCAAGGAUUGAUGAGUAAAGAUACAAAAAUUUUAACUGAAGUUUUAUACAUUAAAAGAGAAGAAAAAUUAAUUAAAAAUACAAUAUUAAAAUUACCGGUCCAAGCAAUAACGCCAUUACUGCAAGAAUUAACGACUAUGUUGCAAGGAAAAACGUAUCCAAGUAAAAUAGCUGUUAUUUGGCUAAAAAAUCUUAUAAUUAUACAUACAGCACAUCUUCUGUCUCUUCCGAAUAUUGGAGAGCUACUAAGUCCAAUUUUAGGAUUAAUCGAUGCGAAACUGGGUAUUCUAUCUGAGUUGUCCAGGUUGAGAGGUCGUGUGGCUCUGGUCACUGGCCAGAUAUCACAUUUAAAUGAGAAACAGAACGAUGAUAUAACUAAUGACUGCCUUCUUACUUAUCAAGACCCAGAUUCUUCAGAAGAAGAAGCAGAUGCUCAAGGAAUGGAAGAAGAAAGUGAAUCUGGUGAAAGUUGGGAAGAAAUGUCUGAUCAGGAUGAAAAUCUACAAAUGCUGCAGAAUGGCCGAUCCGAUGAUGAGGAUAAUGAUGAUGAUAAUGCUUCAAUAGGCAGUUGAAUAUUAUUUAUAUAAGUUAUAAAUAAAUAAAUAUGAUCAUUUUUACAAUAUAA